GAGCAGCCGUCGCCGCUGCCUCAGCCCCGCGCCCGGACCCCCGCCUCCCCGGGAUUCCCUUCCCCGGGGGACCCAGUCCAGAUCUCUAGUGGCUCCUGGUGAAGAAGUGACAGGUCUUUCUGAGUUAUCCUGGCUCCUCAGCUUAGCCUUUCCAAACUGGCUCCCCAUCCCUUCCCUUCCCCCCACUACCCUUCUCCCUUCCCCACCCACUCAGCUGCACUGCACAUAGGACCAAUCUCUUCUCCUGCCCUUCUCUUAUAUGCGGACUAACCAGCUCUUAUUUCCUUUUAUUCUGUGUCCAAAGAUAGGGAAGAACACAUCCUAACCAGAGCUGUGAGCAAAGGCCCUCUUGACUCCACAAGUUCUUGAACAGAAAGCUGAAUAAGGAGCAAGGGGCGGGGGAGAUUUAGGCAAGUGCCCCCAAGACCCCAUCAUGGAAGAAGGCUUCAGAGAUCGAGCAGCUUUCAUCCGUGGAGCCAAAGACAUUGCCAAGGAAGUCAAGAAGCAUGCAGCCAAGAAGGUGGUGAAGGGCCUGGACAGAGUCCAGGAUGAAUAUUCCCGUAGAUCCUACUCCCGCUUUGAAGAGGAAGAUGAUGAUGAUGAUUACCCUGCCCCCGCUGAUGGCUAUUACCGAGGCGAAGGGACCCAGGAUGAGGAGGAAGGUGGUGCGUCCAGCGAUGCCACUGAGGGCCAUGAUGAGGAGGACGAGAUCUAUGAGGGGGAAUAUCAGGGCAUCCCCCGGGCAGAGUCUGGGGGCAAAGGCGAGCGGAUGGCAGAUGGGGCACCCCUUGCUGGAGUAAGAGUGGGCAUGGGUGAUGGGGAAGGUCCCCCGGGAGGCCGGGGGGAGGCACAGCUGCGGAAGGAGCGCGAAGAACUAGCCCAGCAGUACGAGGCCAUCCUGCGGGAGUGUGGCCAUGGCCGUUUCCAGUGGACACUCUACUUCGUGCUUGGUCUAGCGCUAAUGGCUGACGGUGUUGAAGUCUUCGUGGUGGGCUUCGUGCUGCCCAGUGCUGAGAAGGACAUGUGCCUGUCUGACUCCAACAAAGGCAUGCUGGGCCUCAUCGUCUACCUGGGCAUGAUGGUGGGAGCCUUCCUCUGGGGAGGUCUGGCCGACCGGCUGGGGCGGAGACAGUGUCUACUCAUCUCCCUCUCAGUCAACAGCGUCUUCGCCUUUUUCUCAUCGUUCGUCCAGGGUUACGGCACUUUUCUCUUCUGCCGCCUCCUUUCUGGUGUUGGGAUCGGAGGAUCCAUCCCCAUUGUCUUCUCCUAUUUCUCCGAGUUCCUGGCGCAGGAGAAGCGUGGAGAGCACUUGAGCUGGCUCUGCAUGUUCUGGAUGAUUGGUGGCGUUUACGCAGCUGCUAUGGCCUGGGCCAUCAUCCCCCACUACGGGUGGAGUUUUCAGAUGGGUUCUGCUUAUCAGUUCCACAGCUGGAGGGUCUUUGUUCUCGUCUGCGCCUUUCCAUCUGUGUUUGCCAUUGGGGCUCUGACCACGCAGCCUGAGAGCCCCCGCUUCUUCCUGGAGAACGGGAAGCACGAUGAGGCCUGGAUGGUGCUGAAGCAAGUACACGACACCAACAUGCGCGCCAAAGGCCAUCCUGAGCGAGUGUUCUCAGUAACCCACAUUAAGACAAUUCAUCAAGAAGAUGAGCUGAUUGAGAUCCAGUCAGACACGGGGACCUGGUACCAGCGCUGGGGAGUCCGGGCCUUGAGUCUGGGGGGUCAGGUUUGGGGGAAUUUCCUUUCCUGUUUUGGGCCAGAAUACCGACGCAUCACUCUGAUGAUGAUGGGCGUGUGGUUCACCAUGUCAUUCAGCUACUAUGGCCUGACUGUCUGGUUUCCUGACAUGAUCCGCCAUCUGCAGGCAGUAGACUACGCAUCUCGCACCAAAGUGUUCCCCGGGGAGCGAGUAGAGCACGUGACCUUUAACUUCACACUGGAGAAUCAGAUCCACCGAGGGGGGCAGUAUUUCAAUGACAAGUUCAUUGGGCUUCGUCUGAAGUCAGUGUCCUUUGAGGAUUCCUUGUUUGAGGAGUGUUAUUUUGAGGAUGUCACAUCCACUAACACGUUUUUCCGGAAUUGCACAUUCAUCAACACUGUGUUCUAUAACACUGACCUGUUUAAGUACAAGUUUGUGAACAGCCGCCUGAUCAACAGCACAUUCCUGCAUAGCAAGGAGGGCUGCCCAUUAGAUGUAACAGGGACAGGUGAAGGGGCCUACAUGGUGUACUUCGUCAGCUUCUUGGGGACACUGGCUGUGCUUCCUGGGAACAUCGUCUCUGCCCUGCUCAUGGACAAGAUCGGCAGACUUCGAAUGCUUGCUGGUUCCAGUGUGAUGUCCUGCGUCUCCUGCUUCUUUCUGUCCUUUGGAAACAGCGAGUCAGCCAUGAUUGCUCUUCUCUGCCUUUUUGGGGGGGUCAGCAUUGCCUCCUGGAACGCACUGGAUGUGUUGACUGUCGAACUCUACCCCUCGGACAAGAGGACCACAGCCUUCGGCUUCCUGAAUGCCCUGUGCAAGCUGGCUGCUGUGCUGGGGAUCAGUAUCUUCACAUCAUUUGUGGGCAUCACCAAGGCGGCCCCUAUCCUCUUUGCCUCAGCUGCUCUUGCCCUCGGCAGUUCCCUGGCCCUGAAGCUGCCUGAGACCCGGGGGCAGGUGCUGCAGUGAGGGGAAGGGGGUGUCUCUGGAGCUUCCGGGGGUAGUAGGCACACUGUGAGACCAACCACUCCUCCUUCCCCUCCCUGCCCUGCCAUCCCCACCCCCAGAGCCCUCAUGACCCUCUCCUUGUCCGCUGUGUUUGGUGUCUUAGCUGUAUGUGUAUGCGUGUGCAUGUGUGUGAGCCCCAUGGGCAGGGACUACAGGAACACUCCUUCAUCCUACUUUUGGGAGGAAGCUAUACUCCCCACCCUUGACUUUGCACAAGAGAAGGCUUAGCCCCACCCUUCUCCCCCAGUGUUAGUGAGGGACCCUUGUUCUUCCCUGCUUCAGGGGUUCCAGAAAAGGCUUCCUGCCUUCCCCUUUAUUUCCCCUGGACCACUCAGUAGACCCUGGAGAACCACGGGGCAUAUGGUUAUGCUGGGGGCUGGGGCUUGGGUGCAGACUAUGGACCAAAAGAACUUCUUAGAAGUGGAAGGGCCUUGGGUGCCCUCUUACACCUCCCACUGGAUGCUGGGGGAGCAGCAAUAAACCUCAGCCCCCUUGCUUCCACUUCCCCCCGCCCCCUUUGAUUUAGGCUACAAGUAUGAAGCCUAAAUUUUAUGAAGUUCGUUUUCCAACUCUUCUUUAUUUAUAUAUUAAGUUCUGAGGCAGCUCAGCAGGACUGUGUGUGUGUGAGUGUGUGUGUACACUUAUAUAUGCGUGUGUAUGUGCCGUGGGGAGGGGAUGUCACUAUGCUGUCCUAAGAUAUCUGCCAAGGGUCAUUCCAACAGGCACACACACAACCCUGCCUCUCAUAGGACCUCCCUUGAUCGUGUUUCUGUGUCCAGCCUGGGAGGACAAGUACUCAGCCAGUCUGGAUAUCAGUCCCACAGUCUAGGGAGACCUGAGGGCAAGGCCCAGCUCUUUCGCUCUCUCAAGAAGCACAGGUCGCCUCUGGAGUGAGAGGCUCUACCCACCAUUGCACAGACUGGAACAGCACAGCUGCCCUCUCACCCCCUACCCUGUCCCCUCACCAGCAUGGGGUUCGGGGAGAAGAAACCAGGCAUAAGGUCAAACCAGCAGAUCCAAAAGCACAAGGAGCUGGGGCAGGGGCCCUCCUGGUAACUCCUCCCAGAGUGAGGAGAGGCUGGGCAGUAAGAGAGGGACCCCUAAUGCAGGGACCAGAAGCCUCAGUUUCCCCAUCUCACCCUUCCACACAACCGACCCUGUAGGUUAAGCUGCCCUGUUUCACUCCACUCUGUGUGACCGCUUUCUCUGGUGCCCUCCUCACUGUAGCUGUGAUGUGUUGUAGUUUCUAGCUGUUUGUAAAAAUGUUAACAAAAAUGUUAAAAGGAAAAAAAAGUGAAAAAUAACAA